AUGUCUUCCUCCUCUGUCGUUCCUAAAGACGCGGGUGACUUCGUCUCUAUUUACACUUCGAGGAACAAAUUCGUGUCUUUCUGGAAGGAUGGGUGUCUCUUCCUUAGAGGAUGGGGAUCAGGUUAUCCUGGAGACUUGUGUACCCUAAGAGAGGAGAUCCUCGGGGUGAUUAGUAUCACCCAUUCUCAAUUAUUCCCAAACAACUGGGGUUACAUUAUGGAUUUCAAGAUGGUUUGUGAGAAGCUUAACAUCAACAUGAUUGUUUGGGUUUUUUCGCUUUUUUUGUUACCAAGCCAGCGAAAGGUAGUUGGGAGACCCUGGGAAACCGACAGCCCAAGGGAGGCGGAGCCCAUUGGGGGUGCGAAUCUUACGUACUGGUUGAAUGAUGUUAAUCCUGACCUCCUUCGCGUAAAAGGCCUGCACCUCCCUUUUUCCAAAGAGUUUUCUGCUGCGUACCGAUCCCUUUAUUCACAAUCUUCAUCGGCUAUCAUGAAUAUGAAAUAG